AUGUUUGGCGAUUUCCGAUCAGUUUACUUAUGGAGUUCAGCAGAUGUUGUAGAUUGGUUGAAAGGCAUCGAUGAUACUGAAAACGUAUCAUCCUUCUUGGCUUGCUUUCAAGAUGAUAUUGAUGGAGAACGAUUACUUGAAUUAAAUCAUCAUGACCUUAUUAACAUGCAAUACGUGUCUGGAAAUAACGAUGAGCAUUCUGUAACAUAUAUCAACAAAACAUAUACGUACACUUGCGUUAUUGGUUUUGUCACGAUAUUUUCAUUUAUAGAUCGAAAGCUUCAAUCAUCGUCUUACGAUAUUAAAAUCAAUUCUUUCAUUAAGCAUCCUGCACUGCACUUUUUGAAGCUAACUAAAGCUUCUCGACAAUUAGCCUUUAUUUUAAACAGUCCACCAUUUUCUACAUUACGAGGUUACCAUGGACUGAAUAGACUAGCUAAGAGGUUCGCAGAUGAAUUGGUUUGGUGUACAAAUAGUUCGUGUCAGGAAGCCAGUACUAUUUGCAAUAAAAUUAUGGAUGAAACGAAGGACUACUCAUUAUUAACUUAUCCUACCAAUUUAAAACGAGCUAUUAUAAACAAAAAUGAUGAUAUUUUGGGGGUAAAGCUUGUUCCAAGUAUCUCCGGAACCUUUAUAAUUGAGAGCAUUAAACCUGAUUCCCCAGCAUAUAACAGCGAAUUGGAAGAAGGUGAUGAAGUAUUUCAAAUUAAUGAACAAAAUGUGGCGGGCUGGCAAGAAGUAAACGUAGUCAAAUUAAUUAAAUCAUAUCCUGUUCUUAAAGUAUAUGUAAUUCAAAAGCAAUCGCUCAUCAACGACAAAGCACUACCUGAAAAUUGUAAUCUUCGAACAUCAAUCUCUCAUUCACAAUUGCAAGAUGCUGUUAAAAUCAAGAAAGACGUUAUAAGUAAAUGUGCUUCUCAAGAUAAUUUAGCACAUUUAUCCAAUGGAGAAGAUAAUUAUGCCGAUCAAUUUGGCAAUAAUCCUAGAAUUAGACGCCAAAUGUCCUUGGGUGCUGCUGUUGAAGGAUUAAGCAUGGAUCGUUACUCAUCUCCAGAACGGGAAUUGCGGAAGAGAUCUUUAAUAAUAGCCGAGCAAAAGAGCCUUGAUAUGGACGACUACGAAUUUGCAGAUGUUGUUGAAAGUCCGCCAUUAAUCGGAAUGGAUCACAAAGAAUUUGCGUCAAUUGGAGAAAAAAAUUCAUCAGUUCCCGUAAGGAGUAAUAGCUCACCUGGUAAAAACCGCAAGGGUUUUACUGGGAUUAAGCAAAGGACUGGACAUAGGAGAGAUAGUGCUGUAUUUGGCCGUCGAAAUAAAGAUCGUAGCUUUUCAGCUAUUUCCGAGAAUGAAUUACUGCAUAAAGUGAACAAGUACCGAGGAGGUGAUUAUAGUUAUAAUUGCGAUUAG